AUGGCAAACACGGUGAACCCGAUUGUGAGGGGCAGCAAGGACUCGUCUGGUAUCCUCGCCCCUCUCAAGUUCACCCGUCGUCGGGCAACGGGUGACAAGGAUGUCCAGUUCGAGGUCAUGUUCUGCGGGGUCUCCCACUCGGACCUCCACCUCAUCAAGAACGACUGGGGCUUCGCCAACUACCCCAUGAUCAUGGGCCUCGUGACUGAGGUCGGGCCCGGUGUCUCGAAAUUCAAGCCCGGCGACAAGGUCGCCGUUGGCGUCAUGGUCGGCUCGUGCGGCAAUUGCGACUACUGCAGUUUCAGCCUCGAGAACUUCUUCCCCGAGAAGCUCGGGACCCUCACGUAUGGCGGCGAUCCGGAUCUCAUCAUCGUCGAAGAGGAUUUCGUCAUCCGGUGGCCGGAGAAUUUCCCGAUGGGCCGCAGGGCCCCACUUGUCUGCGCCGGGAUCACCACCUACAGCCCGUUGAUGGAUCUUAUGUUAAGAAUCUUCAUAUUUGUGUGUUGCUUCUUAAUUCUUGUGUUAGUUCCUCUUAUUUAA